AUGGCCAAUCGUGAAGGAUCUUCAUCCAACAAAUCACCACUAUUUGUUGGAACAAAUUAUACAUUUUGGAAGCUUCAGAUGCGAACCUACCUAAGGUCACUCGGCUAUGAUGUCUGGAUAUCAGUUGAAACUUGUUACACACCUGUGGAAGGUCCAUUGAUAGAGAAUGCUCAGAAGAAAGCCUACAAAAAUGACAGUAAGGCUCAAAAUGCAUUGAUGAGUGGACUAGUUGACAGUGAGCUUCUGAAAGUCAUGGGAUGUACCACUGCCAAACAAAUUGAGGACAAGCUAUGCAGUGUUCACGAAGGCGAUGGCAAGAUCAAAGAAGCAAAGCUACAAACUCAUAGAGCCCAGUUCAAGUGCCUAAAGAUGGCUGAAGAUGAAACUAUCAAGGCUUAUAUGUUGAGGGUUAAUGAGGUAGUCAACGCCAUUAGAGGACUUGGGGAAGAAAUCAAAGACCCUGUAAUUGUAAAGAAAGUGUUGAGAUCAUUGCCACCCCGGUUCGAUUCAAAGGUAUUUGCCAUUGAAGAAGCAAAGGAUCUUGAUACAUUUGGCAUGGAUGAACUACAUGAUUCCCUUUCAGCUUUCAAGAUGCGAAUUGAUAGGCCUAAAGCUACUGACAAGAUAGCUGCAUUCAAGGUUCAAAAGAAAAAGCAGAUUGAGCCCAAGUCUGAUGAAGAUGAUAUUGAUGCUGAUAGUGAUGAUGGUGAAACAGACUUCAUCAGAAAAUUGAAGCGAGGCAAAGGUAAGUAUAAAGGUAAAUUACCAUUCAAGUCCUUCAAUUGUGGAGGUGUUGGUCACUUUGCUGCCAAGUGUCCGCACAAGGGAAAAGAUGCUAAUGAAGAACCUAAGCAAUUCAAAAAGAAAAAAACAUUCUUCAAGAAAGGGAAAUCGAAGAGUAAGGGACUCAUUUCCAAGCACCAAAAUCGUAGUUCAGAUGAUAGUUCUAAAGAUGAGUCAAAUGAUGAUACUGCAAAUGAGUCACUAUUCGUGGUACCAAGUGAUAUUACUGAGAAGUCUAAUGAGCACCCCACCAUUGGUUCUGACAAUGAUGAUGAGGAGGCUGAGGUAGACUUAAAAGGAGAGCUUCUUGCAGCUCUUGAUGAGCUAAAGACUGAACGCAUAAGCCACAAGAAGACUACAAAGCAACUCAAGGAAGCUGAGAAGAAAAUGCUUGAGAUGAAGGUUCAGAUUGAAGAGUUCAAGAAGGUUAUUGAUGAGCUUGAAACUCAACUCUCCCUCAAGUCUGGUGAUUACUGUGAGCUCGAGGAAGAGGUUGUUUUGCUUAGAAACAAAGUGCACAAAUCUGUUGAGGGCACUGCUUCAGUCACUAAUCCUCAAACAGACAAACUUGAUGAGAUAUUGAGCUAUCAGAGGCCUGCGCACAUCAAGUUUGGUAUAGGUUAUGAGGGCAAGUCACCAAAGCAAAUGGUGAAAGGGAAAGGUACUAUUGAAGAUCCCAUACAGUUGAAGAAAGUAACCCCCAGACAAGACAGAAGCAAAUUGGCACACCAAAAAUCUUGGAGAAGAAUGUUGCAUACUAACAAUAUGCAGGAAAGAAAGAAUCUUGUUCAGCCUAAAACAACCAGUGUGAAAACUAUUUGGGUGAAAAAGAAGGAUGUUGUGGAGGUCAGUUCUAUGGUAGUGAAGACAGCUCUCAAAGCUCAAAACAAGCCAAUGCCUUGGCUUCUCGAUAGUGGUUGCUCACAUCAUAUGACAGGUAACAAAGAAAUGUUCAAGAAGUACCAAUAG